CAGAUUUUAAAGGAAACGUUUUUCAAAAAAAUCAUACACUGGUAGAAGAAAUUAAUCGUGUGAAAAAUGAUAUUGAUAAUUAUAAGUCCAUUAGCACGGCAAUCGGGCUUAAAUUUCAAAAAAAUGACUCAAAAUUAAAUUUUAACUUACAUCAAGUUAACGCUAAAGAAUUUAGUUAUAAUUUACGUUUGAAACAUAAAUGUCUAGUUAAUAAAGUUAAAGAAUAUGAAAAAAAUGCCAAAAUUUCCAACGUUGUAAACAAUUAUAACAAAACAAAGCAACUUUAUAAGAUUG